UGUGCAGAGCGUUGCCCCCUUUCUGAUGACUGGUAACGGGACUCCCGAGACCCUGCCCUGCCUCCCCCCUCCCGACCCCCAAGCUUUGCUCCCUCCCCUCCCAGCUGGGCUUCCUCUGCUUCCGGGCGGGGAUGGGAGCUGCUGCAGCCUGCAGGUUGCUGUGCUCAUUGUUCAUCCCUGGAUUGUUCCUAAGUGGAGCUUUAUGUCUCUGUUUGGUUGUACUACUGUGGGGAGUACGGCUGUGGCUACAACAAAGGAAAAAUCAGUUGGCCUCAACAGGAAAAGAUGGGAAACAUCAAUUGGUUGUUGCAUUUUUCCAUCCAUAUUGCAAUGCAGGUGGUGGAGGGGAGAGAGUCUUGUGGUGUGCCAUAAGAGCACUGCAGAAAAAGUACAAAGAUGCAAUAUAUGUUGUCUAUACUGGCGAUAAAGAUGUCACUGGAGAACAGAUUGUAGAAAGUGCUUUCAGAAGAUUCAACAUCAAAUUAACUCAUCCUUUGAAGUUUGUGUUUCUAGAAAAACGUUACCUUGUGGAGGCCUCUCUUUACCCCUACUUCACUUUGCUGGGUCAAAGCUUAGGGUCUGUGUUUCUUGGUUGGGAAGCUCUUAUGAAGUGUGUUCCUGAUGUUUACAUUGACUCAAUGGGUUAUGCCUUCACAUUGCCUCUGUUUAAGUACUUAGGAGGUUGCCGUGUUGGGUGUUAUGUUCAUUAUCCAACUAUCAGCACUGACAUGCUUUCUAUGGUUAGGAGUCAGAAUGCCAGAUUUAACAAUGCAGCCUUCAUUACAAGGAACCCCCUUCUCAGCAAACUCAAACUUGUCUAUUACUACUUGUUUGCUUUUGUAUAUGGAUUGGUUGGUUCUCGCAGUGAUGUCGUUAUGGUUAAUUCUUCAUGGACCCUAAAUCACAUCCUUUCCCUCUGGAGAGCUGGCGCUUGUACAAGUGUUGUGUAUCCACCUUGUGAUGUUCAGACAUUCCUGGAUAUUCCAUUACAUGAAGAAAAGAGCACCACAGAAUAUUCCAUUGUCUCGCUAGGACAGUUUAGGCCCGAGAAGGACCAUCCUUUGCAAAUCAGAGCCUUUGCUAAAUUCUUGGAAAAGACAGCUCUGGGGCAGCAGUCCUUGCCAAAGCUCAUCCUGAUUGGAGGCUGUCGUAACCAACAAGAUGAGCAGCGUGUAAACAGACUUAAAAAGCUUUGUGAAGAGCUAGGCGUUGACAAAAAGGUGGAGUUCAAAGUAAACAUUCCAUUUGAGGAGCUAAAGCAGUACCUGGCAGAGGCAAUUAUCGGUCUGCACACCAUGUGGAAUGAGCACUUUGGAAUUGGAAUAGUUGAAUGUAUGGCAGCUGGCACAAUUAUUCUGGCUCACAAUUCUGGGGGCCCCAAACUAGAUAUCGUGGUACCCUAUGAAGGACAUAUUACAGGAUUUCUAGCAGAAAAUGAGGACGAUUAUUCUGAGACCAUGGCUCAGAUCCUUUCUUUGUCUCCUGAAAAGAGGCUGGAAAUCAGACAAAAUGCUCGCCAGUCUGUGAACAGAUUUGCUGACCAAGAGUUUGAAGGGGCGUUCCUAUUGUCUGUGGAGCCGUUAUUUAAAUAAAUGUCAUAUUUGCGUACGUGGAUAAUAACUUUUUAUACCUAUGUCACUUGUAAAUAUUUUUUUAAUCUAUGCUAUCAUGGUGCAAUAAAGAGUCCUAUACUUCUAUUAGGACAUCA